AGGGAUUUUUAAUGCUUUGCCAGUAUCUCCACAGGACGUUUAUUGUCGUUGCUACAUACGAGAGUGAUUGCUGCGACGCAGGAGCAGCAUACUAAUCUUGACAUCGCUUUUUAAAACUCUCUUUCCUUUCCAUUCACGAGCAUCCGCGGCAGAAUAUAUGCGGGUGUUUGGUUCGAUUUUGGUUUGGGGUUUUGUUCCGCAGCCUCACUUUGAAAAAUGAGGCCGCGAGAGACUAGGACUAAAUUUCAGUGUGGCAGAUUUUGACAGACGAACAUUGUGCCAUGUUUUGACAUGGGACUCGUGAUCUCUCGUACGGUGUUCGUGGUCGAUAAAUUAACAAGAGAAGUGCACAAGCAAGAUUUUUAGAGCACAUUUCGCGAAGAAAAACUCAGCGCGAUGCGAUAAGCCGCCGCCAUCUCUGCGUUUGUUUCAAAAUGACAGAAACGAGGGAGUAGCAGAGAAAACUCAAGGCUUUGUAAAGAGUUAAAGCAGCACAGAGAAAGCUGUAAUGAAGACCUGAUGUUGCUGACAGAGCGAGUGAGGGCACUGGAAGAAGAAAAUACUGCAGGUCAGGAGAGUAUCAAGUGCUUAUUGAAAAAACUGGAUGAAUUCACAAACUCAAACAGAGCAUUUAACACAUACAAGAAAGAUGUUGAUGACAGUGAAACAAUGGAAAGCCAAGAUUGCAGUGACCCCAACCUUUUCGAUUCAUCCAAAGAUGUCCAGGACAUUACUUUUGAGAGUGAGAUUAUACUCACAUCUCAAGAUAAUGUGCCCAAUGAAAGUGCUAUUUCUAAGAAAAGAUCCAAGAAAAGUCUAGGAAAGAAGAGUGAUCAAGAUGUCGCUACUGUUGAUGAGGAUGGCAUUCCUGAGAAGCCUAAUGCUAGAGCCAAAAAAGGCGCAACUGCCAAGAAAAUUAAAAACAAAGAUGCUGAAUCAAGGGAAGAAAAGAAGUCUAAGAAAAAAUCUAGUCUUGAUGAAAAGAUGGAUGCAACUCUGUCCAGCACUAAUGAGAUGGUGAUGGUUGCUGAAAAGAAUGGAGAUUGUGAGGAGAACAAAGCAGCCGAGGACACCAUUGAAGAAUUCCCUGAUUUCAUGGAAGGUUCUCCAAGUGCAUCCGACAAAGCCGAAAAUCCGAAAAAGAACAAGAAUGCCGAAAGUAGCAUUUCUAAGACCAAAGAAAAUGCUAAAUCCAAUAGAAAACGGUCUCCAAAAAUCCAAGCAGCGAUACUCCAAAAAAUAGACUCAUUGCCUGAUACAGAAAGUGAAAAUGAGACGUUCCGGUUUUCCAAGACAGCUAAUAAGUCAAAACCAGUGGUAAAUAAAACCUCAAAGUCUAACCAAAAGGAGAAGACAGACGAGGAAAGGCUAUCCGGUGACAAGGAUAAAGAUGUUGUACAAGUUAAUCCAACAAUUCCAAAGCCUAAAUCUUCAAAGAAGCCGACAACAUCUACCAAGCGUCAAUCAACAAGUACCGAGACUCAAUCAACAAGUGCAGAGGGUCAAUCAACAAGUACUUAUGGUCAAUCAACAAGUACCGAGGAGCAAUCAACAAGUGUUGAGGGUCAAUCAACAAGUACUAAAAGUCCAACCUGUAAAGACUCCCCUAAAGCCAACAAGAAGGACAACGAAGUAGAAGAAGAAGAUCACUUGGGUGACAUGUCAUUUCUUAUCGAUAUAAGCUCUAAGCUGUCAACCUUUGUGUCUGAUCCAAUUGAGGACUCCUUAGAGCUUCCCCUAAUGAGUGCUAAAGAACGCAAUGAUGUCUACAAAUUAGCUGGUCUCUUCAACCUGCAUGCGAGGUCUGGAACCAAGGAAGACAGCAGGUCUACUUUAUGGAUCAGAAAGCAACCUAGCACAAAGAUGCCACGCCUGGGCAAGAUUGAUGAGCUGCUGAGCAAGCUCAUGAUUGCUGCAUCUAAAGAGGCGGAGAGGGGAAGUCCAAAGCUGAGAUCAAAGCGCAAGAAUGCUGAUAAUCCAGCCGGAGCAAAUUCUAAAGCAAAGAAAGCUAAAUAGAAGUGAAUUGCCCAAGAAAGAGAUUCAAAUGGAAGAAUGCUGAUAAACCUGAUAGAGUAAAUUGUAAAGAAAAAACAGAUUACUGUAUCAAUGUAUCAAGCUUGAUGUUCUUUUAAAGGGGUCAAGUGAUGAGGUUUUUAGUGGGCCACUAUUUUUUCAGCAAUUUUCCACUUUCUAAUUCUACUGGCUCGCUUUGGGACAUAUUCCAUGCACAGGCCAGCAAGAAUCCCUUGGAGUUUAAGAAUAAAGCAAUGACAAAACUUUUGAAUUCUACUUGAACUCUAACAGUUCGCAAUUCUACUUGUAAAUGGUUUGCCUAGAACUACGCAACCACUGUAUACAUGAGUUCUUAAUCCAGGCAGGCACCGUGGAAUCAGAAACUGGACUACAUGCCGUGAGAGAGUUGUUGACAGCCAGCCUAGAAUUCUCACAAGCACACCCUUAUGGUUCUCUUCGUCGUCUCACUGAAAUAUUGUCUGAAUCAAACAGUUUUUACUUUUAGUUUUACUAGUGGGAAACAAAAAUCUCAUGACAAAAACAACUUACCCUGGUAGUGCUUAACAACGAAAGAGUAAAAAAAUCAAUGUUUAUUGAUUAUUAGGCAAAAUAAUUUUUCAAAUAACUCGUCUUAGUGCUUAGUGAAAAAGUGUCCAACUACAAAUGUUAGGUCUCUUGUAAGCAAUGACACAGCUAAUAAGGAGUUUUCUGCAAUUGGCUGAGAAAAAUACGGUUAGCUGAAAAUUAAGCCCCAUCUACACGAACAGUUUUUAGUUGACAACUAUAUUUGUUGGCAUCAUAAGAAUUGUCGACUAAAAAUGUUUAGUAUAGAUGGUGCUUUAGGGUAGCUAAAUGCACUUUUGCUACUUUGUAUAUCUCUUUUUAAGAUUCAUCAAUUUGGGCAGUUGUACCCAGUUAAAACAUACUUUUAUCAUUUCGCUAAAUAUUAAUUGAUAAAAUUUGAAUAAAAUGUGAUAAUAAGUAUAA